AUUUUGGACUCUCCAAUAAUGCUUUAUCCCGAGCUCUCCAAAGAUUUCUAAGUAGGAAUCAACGUGUUCGUACUCUACUCGAAAAUAGCUUGAAAGAUUGGUGGUGAUCGUCCAAAUUGUAAUAGUGAGCCAACUACUUUGAUCACCUUUCAAAGUGGUAAAUAGUCCGAAAUGGUCGACCGAAGACAGGCCAUAGGGGCCCAAACAACAGUUGUCUUUUCCCUUAUCAUCCUUGUUGCAAUAGUCACAAUAACCAGAUGGACCAAUUCUUCUAUGAUAACAGGUUCAUUUCCAAAGAAAUCGAUACUCCUCGGAACAUCUCAGACAUAUUCAUCAGAAUUUGAUUGUUCCCGCAAUUGUUCAGACAUUUCACCUUUGGUUAACAUUAGUACAGGAAACAAUGUACCCUCAGAAUCAUGUCCAGAAUACUUUAAAUGGAUUCAUGAAGAUUUAAGACCAUGGGAAGUUACAGGAAUUACAAAGGAAAUGAUCGAAAAAGCGAAAAAAAAAGCACAUCUUAACUUAGUCAUAGUGGAUGGGAGAGUGUAUAUAGAAAAGUUUAAAAAGGCAUACCAUACUAGAGAUGCUGUGACAAUAUGGGGGAUUUUGCAGCUUCUUAGAAUGUACCCCGGGAAGCUACCGGACGUGGAUUUAAUGUUCGAGUGUGGUGACAGACCGGUGAUCAAAAAACAUGAUUAUGGAAGAUCGAAGGCUUUGAAGCCACCCACACCUAUGUUUCAUUACAGUGGAGAUGAUUCAAGUUUUGAUAUUGUUUUUCCUGACUGGUCCUUCUGGGGUUGGCCAGAGCUUAAUAUUUUACCAUGGGAAAUCUUGAAAGAGGAUUUGGAAGAAGCCAACAGCAGAAUCAAAUGGAGUGACAGAGAACCUUAUGCUUAUUGGAAAGGUAACCCCAGGUUGGGACUGGCAAGACGUGACUUAGUGAAAUGCAAUGCCUCCGACUGGAAUACUCGAAUUGACAAAGUGGAUUGGGGACAUGAGACAAAACAUGGAUUCAAAACUGCAGAUUUAGCUAGCCAAUGCACUCACAGAUACAAAAUAUACGUCGAAGGAGUUUCAUGGUCUGUCAGUGAAAAAUAUAUAUUAGCCUGUGAUUCCAUGAGUUUGAUCAUAAACCCUCAUUACUAUGAUUUUUUUACAAGAAGUUUGCUACCAACAAUCCAUUAUUGGCCAAUAAAUGAGCAGAGCAAGUGUGAAUCGAUCAAAUUCGCCGUUGAAUGGGGCAACAAACAUAUGAAUAAGGCACAAGAGAUUGGAAAGGCAGGGAGCAAAUACGUUCAAGAACAACUGAUAAUGAAAUAUGUUUAUGAUUACAUGUUCCAUCUGUUAAAUGAAUAUUCUAAACUCUUGAAAUAUAAACCAAGUGUACCAUUACGGGCUAUUGAAGUUUGUUCAGAGACAAUGGUUUGUUCUGUCGAAGGUUCAAUAAAGAAAUUUAGGAUAAAUUCAAUGGUGAAAGAUCCUGUAAAUUCAUCUCCCUGCACCAUGCCUUCGCCGUAUUAUCCUGCAGAACUAGAAGAUUUUCUUGGAAGGAAACAGAAUCUGACUCAGCAAGUUAGAACGUUGGAAGAAAGUGGAAAUUUGGAAUUGCAACCUUGAAAAUAUGAGGACUAGUUUGGUGCACAAUACUGCAUUGGACUGGACAUUAAAAGUAGGCAUCAUAUGAUUUAUUUUUUAUUUUUUUUGUCCUUCCAUUAAAUAUUUUUUGAUAGUGUUCGAUGCUACAUACAAAACAUACAUUUAUUGUUCUAAAUUACUCUUUCUCCUUUUGUGUGUGCAUGUGUAUGGGUGAGUGGGUCAUGGUUUGUACUUUUAAUCGAGUCAAUUUGAUUUUGAACUAAUGAUA